CUCUGUCUUGGCUGGAGCUCAGCGGCCAGCCUCACUCGGGAGGAACACCGUUAGCUCAGAAUAACCGAGGUCGCUGCUACCAAUCGCUGUCCCGGUUGAGCUGUUUUCUCAAAGGGAGUUAAUCCCGGUAUGGGGGACAUGAAGACCCCAGAUUUCGAUGACCUGUUGGCAGCAUUUGACAUUCCUGACAUAGAUGCCAAAGAGGCCAUCCAGUCUGCCCCAGAUGAGGCAGAGGGACCCCAUGGAGCUGCAGGUGCACCUCUGGGAAAGUCGGAUAAUGUGGUGGGCGUUGGAUCAUCCUUGAGACCACCGAGCCCCUCAGACCCCCAGGCAGACACCUCAAUUGUUAGUGUUAUUGUGAAGAAUAAAGUGCACGUUGAGACCGCAGAUGAAGGGGAGGGAGACACAGACCAGGACCCUAUUGAUGUGCUCGCAGGGGUAGAUGUGGGUCCCAGGCUAGGUGCGUGUGCCCCUGGUAUGGCUGAAUCUGAGGCUCUCAACCACAACGGUUUUGGGACGUCGGGUGUUUCCACGCCCCUUCCCCUCAGCCAGACCCAGUCUAAUGGAGGGCUGUGGUCAAUAAACACGCCUAAAGUGUCUUCAGAAGCAGCAGGUGCUGGUGCAGCCAAGUCUCACAAGCAGGGCGGGAACAUUUUCAACAGACUUAAACCACUUGUGGCACAGGGGUCUGGAGAUCCAGUGGGCCGGGCCAGGAAGAUGCAGCUCCUACAGCAGCAACACCAGCAGCAGCAGGAUACAGGCCAAGAGAGAGCAGAUGGUGUCAAAGCAUCAUUACCUUCAUCUUCCUCUCUGUCAGCUGGGUCGUCUCCGCUGGCUACAGGUGGGGCCGUCGGACUAGCCUCGCCUUUCUUUCCCCCUUCCAAGCCUCUGCUUCCCACUCCACCCUCUGCCCUAUCAUCACACUCGCUGCACUCAUCUCAGCCUUUUAAUGGAGCGCCCAAAGGUGGCCCUGCUGGAUUUCAGCACCAGCAGAUGGAGGAGGAGGAUUCUGACCCUGAUUUGGGGAGUCCGCUGGUGAUCCAAGAGAGCCCAGACUCCCCCACUUGCACUCAGCUGACCCGGCGUUACAAGUCUGACUCUGUCUCAACACAGCCCACAUCCUCUACUGCAUCUCACCCUAAACCUGGAGACACUCCUUCAGGGGCAACUCUGACUUCAUCAACACCCCAGUCUGGCUCAACAGAGAGUCCCCAGCUGGAGGACAAGCAUCCAGAGCAUGUCAUAGAAGAGAGAGAUUCACCAGAGAGUCCUGAACCAGAGAUGCCAAAAUCAACUACUCAAGUCGCAGCCAAAAGGUGCUCCAGCCCUGCAGUGGCCCCCACUCCACUACCUCCUGAACUGCGGGAGCCCAAAGAGGAGGAGGAAGAGAUGGAGGUGGGGAAUAGGACAGAGAAGGCCGCUGAUGGCAAGGCUGACAAGGGAGAAAAUGGGAGAACAAGUGAGGAGAAGAUGGAGGUAGAUGAUGGCAAGGCUAAACCUCUGUCUACUGACGGAGGAGAAGCAGGCGUUGCUGCACCUGCUGCUUCUGGAGCUCCAGCCAGACCCCUCAAAGUCAGAAUAAAAACAAUUAAAACCUCAACAGGUGGAAUCACCAGAACUGUCACAAGGGUAGCGCCUAAAGGUGGCGCUGCGGGAAAAGGUUUGGAUCCUAAAGCUGGGGAACGUAAGGUGUUAGGAAACAAAGCCCAAAAACUAGAAUCGUCCCCUGGUCACAUGACAACAACUUCCCAGAAAGUAAGUGCUCUCAAUGCUCUGCCUGUGUCUACUCUUGCAGCCAGCAGCGUCAUGCUAGCUGCUGCUACUAAGGUCCAAAAUAAAAUGGCUGCAUCAGACAAGGCCAAGGUUUCUGCCACUGCUGUUAGCAUCACUAAAUCUGCUGCCCUUCCUGCGACUCCCCCUGUGGUCUCCUCUCCCAAGUUCUCAGUGGCUGCAGGUGGGAUCAGUGUACGUACAUCCACUAAUAAGACAGCUAAUGGAGGCAGCGGCACCAUCAUAGGUGGCACCCUCCAGCCAAACAAACCAGCCUCCAUCGUCAACAGUACAGGGGCCGUCAUCUCCCGCAGUCAGUCGAGCCUGGUGGAGGCUUUCAACAAAAUCCUGAACAGUAAGAACCUUUUGCCGAGCUACAAGCCCGACCUCUCAGCACCUCCACCACCUGAGUGGGGUCUCCCACUCCCAGCCACAGGGUACCGCUGCCUCGAGUGCGGAGACGCUUUCGCCCUCGAACGCAGCCUGGCUCGACACUACGACAGGCGAUCACUCCGCAUCGAGGUUACCUGCAACCAUUGUGCUAAGAGGCUGGCCUUCUUUAAUAAGUGCAGCCUGCUGCUGCAUGCCAGGGAACAUAAGGAGCGUGGGCUGGUCAUGCAGUGCUCGCACCUCGUGAUGAGGCCCGUCACUGUCGAGCAGAUGAUUGGACAGCAGGACAUAACACCCAUCAGUGGCCUGCUCUCCUCUUCAUCCUCCUCUCCUCCAGUCUCCUCCUCUUCUUCCACACCUGGCGGCCCCGCCGUCUCUGCCAACUCCAGCCCAAUGAAGGAUGCUUCAUCUCCAGCAGCAGCUCAGCCUCGACCAGUCCGCCGAGCCCCUCAGGGCCCCCAAGCACUGAUGCCUCUGCCUUGCAAGAAGGCCGAGGGGCUGCAGUACAACGGCUUCAAAUGUCCAGAGUGUCAAACACAGUUCUCCGGCAAGGCUGAGCUGGUCACCCACUUCCAGCAGAUCAGAGCUGCUCCCAACUCAACGUGUACGCAAUGCUCGCCUCCCAUGAUGCUGCCUAACUCGUGUGCUGUGUCCGCCCACCAGAGGAUCCAUAAACACAGAGCGCCUCAUGUCUGUCCUGAGUGUGGGGGGAUCGCCCGGCAGGCCAGCUUUCAGACUCAUCUGGAGGAGGCCUGUCUGCACUUUGCCAGACGCAUUGGAUACAGGUGCUCGAGCUGCCAGGUCGUGUUCGGAGGUUUGAACUCCAUUAAGUCCCACAUUCAGACCGCUCACUGCGAGGUCUUUCACAAGUGCCCCAGCUGCCCCAUGGCCUUCAAGUCCUCACCCAGCGCCCAGAGCCACAUCAGCACCCAACACCCAACGCUCACUGGAGGACAGGCCAAAAUGAUCUACAAGUGUGUGAUGUGUGAUACGGUCUUUACCCAAAAACCCCUGCUGUACAUGCACUUUGACACUCACUUAGCCAAGCAAAAAGUGCAUGUGUUUAAAUGUCCUGACUGCACCAAGCUCUACGCCCAGAAAGGAUCCAUGAUGGAGCAUAUUAAGACCGCUCACAGAGGACCAUCAGCCAAACAGACAGAGUCUCAGCCCGACGCCUCUAACCCGGCCUCGGCACCGGCCAACACAUCCGGUCCCUCUGGCCCCAAAUCAAAGUCCUCUGGAAAACCUGACAACUCUGAUGGAGAGGACUGGGGGCGGGAACAGGAGGAAGAAGAGGAGGAAGACGAUGAAGAUGACGAUGCGGACGAGGACUAUGAGGCUCCAGGCGGUAACUCGACCGCCACUGGGGGCAGCAGCCAACCCCCCCCACAGACUGAGUGGACCUGCCCUCAGUGUCAGACCACCUUCACUGACAACGAAGACUAUCUGAGUCACGUGAAGACGGAGCACGGCAAGUUCCCUUGUCGUAUUUGUGGAGGCACGUUCAGCACGUCUUCGAGCCUGAGACGUCACGAGCGUGUCAUUCAUGAGGGCAACAAGAGAGUCUUUCAUUGCCAAUAUUGUACAGAAGGCAAACGCACCUUUGGUAGUCGGUUCUUACUGGACAAGCAUAUUCGGCUCCACCACAGAACCACAGAUGGACAGGACAGACCCAUGACCAGGAAGCGAGCAGCCACAGGGGGAGAAGGACCCGGUAGCUCCUCAGAGCAGGAUGGCGAGGGCGGACCUCCUGGAAGCAGGGCAGGGGACGAGGAAGAAAACGCCACAGAGGAGGGUGAGGAGGUCCCUGCGGGUCCUGCAGGUCCAGCAGGUCCUGCGGGUCCUGCAAAGAGAACCAGGCAGUCCAUUGCAUCGACAUCGUUGGCGCCGAACGAGCCGGAGGAGGAAGACAACAUUUUCCGUUGCGUGCCCUGUGGAUUCUCCACCGAGGACGGGGCGGAGUUUCAGCGCCACAUCCCUCAGCAUCGGGCCGACACCGCCUCCUUCCAGUGCCUGCAGUGCGGCGUCUGCUUUGCGUCAGCCGGCUCUCUCAGCAGGCAUCGCUUCAUCACUCACCGCGUGCGGGACACCCAGGGGGACGCAGACCGCGGCACCCCGCGCACUCACGGGUCUCCCGACGGCUCACCCGGCGGCUCCCCUCAGGCGCAGGGCGAGGACGGAGAGGGGAAUCUUGGUUGCAAGGUGUGCGGCCGCCGUUUCGACAAGGCCUCGGACCUCAACACCCACUUCAGGACCCACGGCAUGGCCUUCCUCACCGCACACAAGACAGACAAGCCCCAGUAGGCGAGGGGUCUUCUGAGCGACAGAUCUACUACGAGGAGUCGACGGUCAUGACGGGCUGUAGAAUAUGAAUGUUAAUCCUGAGAUGAAAUGGCUGCUUCCUGUGCAGUUUCUUUUUUUUGUCACCAUAAACAGUUUUACUCUAAUCUGUGGCACCUCUUCUGUGCGAUUGUAACUGCAUGUUUGAACAUGUUACUGAACACACCUGUGAUAGACUCAAACAGCCCCAAGUAAAGCAUUUAUAUAUCAGCCAUACUGUGUUUAACACGUCUUGUCUUUCCAUUUCAACCACUCUGCACUGACUGUAGCCACAUGCCUGUUUUUCCAUGUAACACUAGUACUCAUGUGUCUCCCACUGAUAUUUUUGUACCGGACAUUGUUCGUUGUAUACUCCUUUGCCUCAAGUCCAUGUUCAUUUUUCCAGCAUGAGAUCAUUAACGGCUUAAAACUGAUCUCAAGACUCAUGAAGGGGGGUGUUUGGAGAUUUUAACACUGAUUUUUAUGUUGCUAUAAUAUUUAUUUAUACGAAACACAUUACUGCUGUUGGUAUUUGUGUGAGGCAGAUAUGGUGCGAUUUACCUGCAACAGAGACGUGAGGUGAGAAUCUGAAGGAAGUUCAUUAGAGAGCCGAGGUUACAGGAGGUCCGUAACCUGCGUAGUGUAAAUAAUGUGUGAUGUUAAUCGUUAAGCUAGACGAAGGGAGGUCAGGCUUCCUGCCAGUAGUAUAUGUGUACGUUUUGCAAUGUAAAUACAUAUUACACUAAAAGAAAGCGUUCUGGUUUUAGUAACUUGCUAUGAUAAUGUGAAUGCGUAUAGUAUUUGUACUGUUCCCUUUCAAAACCAUUUCAAGUUCAAAAGAAUUCCCCACCAGAGGUAGCUAGACAUUGUAAUUACAAAUCCGAGAGGGGGUUGUGUUGUCUUAAUGUGUAUGAAUACAAACGUUUAUCUCUUUGAGACGGUUCUUUUUUAUCUACAGAAUCAGUGCUUGCUGUACUCACAUUUCUUUUGUAUGUUUAAAAAAAAAAACAGCCUUCAUGGUCACGUGAUGGAGGCCUUCUUUUGUUUGUAUCUUUUAUAUGUCAUGAUAUCAUAUUUAUAUAGCUCAAUAGUGGACAUUUUAUGUCUUUUUCUUUUCCAUGGUUGUGGUCUGCUUGCUGAAAUGCCAUACACUUAUGUGCUGUUUCGAAAUAAAUGUGUAAAACAGA